AUGCCUGCAGCUAGCUUUGGUUCACUUUCACAACUACCAGGAGCGGAGAACUGCGGUAUUAAAGAUGUAUGGAACCACAAUUUACAUGAGGAGUUUCAAAUAAUACGACAAAUUGUUCAAAAAUAUCACUGGGUUGCUAUGGACACAGAGUUUCCUGGGGUUGUGGCUAGACCUAUUGGAGAAUUUCGAUCAACUGCAGAUUACCAGUAUCAGUUAUUAAGAUGUAAUGUUGAUUUGCUGAGAAUUAUCCAACUUGGCCUAACAUUCAUGGAUGAAAAUGGAAAAACUCCACCUGGUUACACAACAUGGCAAUUUAAUUUUAAGUUCAACUUACAGGAGGACAUGUAUGCUCAAGAUUCGAUUGAUUUGCUCCAAAAUUCAGGUCUUCAGUUUAGAAAACAUGAAGAAGAUGGAAUCGAGCCAUUAGAGUUCGCUGAACUACUUAUGACAUCAGGUCUUGUGUUAAUGGAUAACAUCAAAUGGCUCAGUUUUCAUUCUGGAUACGAUUUUGGAUAUUUGCUGAAGUUACUCACAGAUCAAAACCUGCCGCAGGAUGAAAAUGACUUUUUUGAAAGUCUAAGAUUAUAUUUUCCAACUGUGUAUGAUGUCAAAUACUUGAUGAAAUUGUGCAAAAACUUGAAAGGAGGUUUACAAGAAGUAGCUGAUCAGCUGGAGUUACGAAGGGUUGGGCCGCAGCAUCAGGCAGGAUCCGACUCGCAUUUAACUGGAAUGGCUUUUUUCAAGAUAAAGGAAAUAUUCUUUGAUGACAACAUUGAGAGUUCCAGUGGUCAUUUAUAUGGCUUAGGAGCUCCGUUUUCAGUUAAUUCCAACAACUUCCAAGAUAACGGGGAGAAUGGAAACUCCUCUUGA